CACAGUGCAUCACGAACUUAACCCCGGUUCACUCCGAUCAUCAUCCACCCACCGAUGGCCCGACGCCGGAGCAGCGGCGGCAUCUCGUCCGCGCUGAGCCUGGGGCUCGCCGUGAUGGCCGUCACAUGGGCGACGUCCACGGCGCAGCAGCAGCAGCAGCAACCGCCGGCCGUGCCAAGCGUGAGCGUGCCGAGCUGCCCGCCGGUGCAGGCCUCGCUGUCGCCGUGCGUGAGCUACUUCAUCGGCAACUCCUCGUCGCCGUCCGACACGUGCUGCGUCCAGAUGCGGGCCAUGUUCCAGUCGCAGGCGCCCUGCCUCUGCGCCGCCGUGUCCGCCGUGCCGUCCCAGCUCGGGUCCGUGGUCGGCGGCCUGCUCCCCACCGCCUGCAACCUGCCCCCCAACGCCUGCUCCGGUACGUGCAUGCUGCCAGCGAGAUGCUCCUACAUGUAG